AUGCUCUUUUUCGUCACCGUCAUCAAGUCAGCCGUCCUCAAAAUCUCUCGUAUCUCUGCUAAUACUGCGUCGUCAUUGGGCAGCUCAAUCGUACACAUCUCUAGCUCAGCUCCAAGCUAUUUCUGA